AUGUCUCAACUCGAGGUGACAAACAAUCCGACACGGAGCAAUACCACAGUGUUUACUGCCCCAGAAGCACCGUCACCAUCAACCCGACGUAAACGAUCCAAGAUCUCACUGGCUUGCAAUAACUGCCGCUCUCGGAAGACCCGUUGUGAUGGCAGACUGCCAGUCUGCCUUGCGUGUGACAAACGACGAGUUGGGUCCACGUGUAUUUUUGAGCGCCCUCUGCUUGACCUCCAAAAACAGGAUGCAGAAUCACGAACUCGGGUCCAGGAUAGUCGAGGACCUUUCAUUAUCCAGUCGGAACCAACUCCGUUUGCUGUAGCCGAAUCUCACGACGAGCAGUCGCAACACGAAACCAACGGGGAGCACCAUGUCGAUGGAGUUGCGACUGUCGCCGCUGAGAGCGACACGGCGCUAUACGGUGGCUCUUCCACGAUCAACCUCAUUCGGCACAUGGCGAAGAGAACCCACACCUUGGAUGCAUCCUCAGAAGCCACCAGCUCGAGGAAGAGACACCGCUGCCUCAACCAACGAUCAAUGGGUUACGUAGAGAUUGUUCGCGAAAUGGACGACAGUGCUGUUGUCUAUCCUGUUCGUCGCAACGCAGACGAUUACCUUGCGUGUUACUGGGAAUUCAUUCAUCCGGUCUUCCCCAUCAUCCACAGGCCGUCGCUGGAGAGGCAGUACAGAGCCUUGUGGCUUCCAGGUCUUCCGAGCGUCGCUUUUGAGGAGAAGUCUGAUGACAGCCAGAGUAUUCUUGCAUCGAUGCUCAACUUGGUCUUUGCUCUAGGUUGCCAAUUUAGCACACUGAUUCCCUCCAGCAAAAGAUCAUCAAUUGCCGACGACUUCUACCAGCGAUCUAGGCGCCUUUUUGUUUUCGAUGUGCUAGACUCAUCGUCGUUACCUGCAGUACAGUUGCUGUUACUUCAGGGCGUCUAUCUCCAAUCUUCGAGGUAUGCAACUCGCUGCUGGAACGUUGUCGGACUUGCAGUCAGGGUAGCACAGAGCCUGGGUCUGCAUAUCCAUAGCGAGCGGGAAGGCGAGACACAGCUGGAUCGUGAAAUGAACCGCCGUGUUUGGCAUACUUGUGUCAUGCUAGACAGACUUCUUGCCAUGACCUUUGGACGGCCGACUAUGCUUCAAGAUGCCGGUAAUAUUCCGAUCCCUCUAUCGAUAGAUGAUGAAUUUUUGCGCGACGAUGGGGAGGAAGGGCUUCAGCCUGUGGAUAUUCCCUCCCGAUUAGGCUUGUUUGUCUCAUCCUGCAAGCUUUUCGAACAUCUUGCAGAGAUCUUGCGGACAUUUUAUACAGCGAAUUCUGAGCCCGAUGACCUAGUCGAAAUUGUUCUGAGGCUCAACCGUCGACUUGAUAAUUUUGCGACAUCGAUACCAGACUACUUACAGACCUCAGAAGUAUCACCACUGGAUGUGUCAGAAAAGAACAAUUGCGUCCACCUGCAACAGCAAGUGUUAUACUGCAGGUUUCUCUAUGUGCGGCUGCUCUUGUUACGGCCGCUUCUGCUUUCCACGAUCCGGCACAGCCAUCCACAAUCCAUCAAGUUCGGCAAAAUGGACACUGAAUCCUCGCUGGAUCGGCAUUUAAUCAUCCAGUGCUGCAAUUUAUGUGUUCGAAUGGCACAUAGACUAAUUGAGAUCAUCCACCAACAUCUUGAUACUGCAUACAAGAGUAGCGGAUGGCACUCGGUGUAUUUCACAUUCGCGGCCAUGAUCACCUUGCUCGCCGCGAUGCAAUGUCCUGGAGAUAUACAAAUACAGGAUGCAGAGCAGUCUUUUGAAGUAAGUUGGGACCGUUGCCUACGAAUUUUGAAACACUAUGAAGAGCAAAUCAUCUCUGCGCCUCAAGCAAUCCGGGCCCUCCAAAAGCUUAGAGUUCGAGCUUCUCGCUCCCAACCCUUAUCCCAAAAUCAACUGAACCCUAAAAAUAUCUCUUCUCAUGUUCGUUCGUCUCAAAGAGCCAUUGAGGGGGGGAACAGUGCUCAAGAGACCGAGAUGCAGCCCGCAUACGCCGCGAACUACGUCGAUGCGGAUGCCAUUCCGACACUGAACUUCAGUCCAUUUCUAACGUAUGGGGUUGACGACAUAUCAGAUGCUUGGUUUGGACAACACCUCCCUGACCUCGACUAUUUUGGACUGAAUUUGAAUUUGGAUCACAAUGCUACCACCUCGUCGUUGUCCUCUCUGUCUCAAAAUUGA